AUGGGUGGUACUAUAUCUGAUAUAGUUAAAGUUGUUGAUGAUGCUGUGAAACAAAUCAUCUUACAAAUUGAUCCAUCAAUAAUUAAAGUUAAAAAUACAACAUUAACAAUCCUUGAUAAUAUUGAAUCCAAAGUUCAUUCAAAUAGUUCUCAAGCAUUGGCAUCAUUACGUCGAAAUCUUCUUGUUUGGCUUUUUUUAACUUUAAUAUUUACAAUACUUAUUUUAAUUUUAUUACGUUAUUUAAUUGAUAUAUUACAUAAAUUACAAUUUGGUUUAUUAACACGUCAAUAUUCCACAUUAUUUGUUUUAACAAUAAUUUGUUUUUGGAUAUUUUUAUCAUCAAUAGUUGGUGUUUUUCUAACAGAAGAUAUUGAUUGGUCAACAUUAAAAAUAAUUAUAUUUAGUUUAUUAUGUGCAUGUAUUCUAUUACUAAUAUUAAUUUGGUUUCGUUUUGCUUCGAUUUAUCAACGAAGAAUUGGAAAUAAAUUAAAAAUAUUUUUUUGUCAUUGGAAUUUAUUAAAUGAAAAAACAGGUCGAUUACAACAAUCGACAAUGACAUUACAUAUGUUAGCAAUUAAAAAGAAAACUAUUAAUGAAGAAAUUAAUCAAAUUUAA